CCACGUGCUUGGAGGAGUUUCCCCCAACAUGGCUGCGAGCUGACAUCCGGGUUUGCGGGCACGUUGCGUCCAGUUCGGAAAGGGGGGAGACCGAAGCAGCAGCCCCCCCGCGCAGCGAGGGGUUCAUGGUUGGAGCAAAAGCGGUUACACUGAACAAUACCCCGAGGCCAAUUUUCUUUCAAUGCUAGUAUGGCAAAUGAAGAAGAUGACCCUAUUAUACAAGAGAUUGAUGUGUACCUGGCCAAAAGCCUGUCAGAAAAACUGUAUCUAUUCCAGUAUCCUAUUCGUCCAGCCUCGAUGACCUAUGAUGAUGUCACUCAUCUCUCAGCGAAGAUCAAACCGAAGCAACAAAAGGUUGAACUGGAAAUGGCCAUUGACACUUCGAAUUCCAACUACUGUCGCAGCAAAGGGGAGCAGAUUGCCCUCAACGUAGACGGCACGUGUUCCGACGAAACCAGCACCUACUCCUCGAAGCUGAUGGACAAGCAAACUUUCUGCUCCUCACAGACCAUCAGCAACAUUUCACGAUACGCAGCUGCUGUCUACAAAAAAGGGGAACUCCACUUGACCCCGUUGCAUGGGGUCUUGCAAAUGCGCCCAAGUUUUGCCUACUUGGACAAAGCUGACGCAAAAUACCGAGAACGCGAGGCUGCUAAUGACCAUGGUGAUUCAUCCCAGGAUGAAGCUGAGGAAGAUGUCAAGCAAAUCACGGUGAGGUUCUCCCGCCCAGAGUCGGAGCAGGCCCGCCAACGGCGGGUUCAGUCUUACGAAUUCCUGCAAAAAAGACAAGCAGAAGAACACUGGGUUCACCUCCAUUAUUACGGUUUGAAGGACAGCCGUUCUGAGCAUGAGCGCCAGUAUUUAUUCAGUCAAGGUCACAGCAUGGCUGGGAACACGGAAUUAAUUAAAUCACCAAGUGAAUACUUGAUGAUGCUGGUCCCACCAAGCGUACAGGAAGAGAAGGAAAAGCCUGUAGCUCCAAGCAACGUGCUGUCUAUGGCUCAGCUGAGGACACUCCCUUUGGCCGAUCAGAUUAAGAUUUUGAUGAAAAAUGUGAAAGUAAUUGCGUUUGCCAGUUUAAUGAGCCUCUUGGCCUCCGGGACAGAUCCGACUGCAGUUUUGCGAAGCAUCCAGCAGGUGGCGCUGCUAGUCCAGGGGAACUGGGUGGUGAAAAGUGACAUCCUUUACCCAAAAGAUACGUCCAGCCCACACAGUGGCGUCCCAGCCGAAGUCCUUUGCCGAGGGAGGGACUUUGUUAUCUGGAAGUUCACCCAGGAUCGAUGGGUGGUACGGAAAGAAAUUGCAGCUGUAACAAAACUUGGCCCGGAAGAUGUGAAAGAUUUCCUGGAGCACGUCUCUUUCUUGAGGAUAAACCAAGGGUGGGAAUUCAAGCUCCGCUAUGAUGAAGAUUUUGUAAAGAAGCAUCCAGAUGUGGUGCAGAGGCAAAAAAUGCUUUGGAUGGGUAUUCAGGCCAAGCUGGAAAAAGUGUACAACCUGUCCAGAGAGCACCUGGCUUCAAAGAAACCAGCAGCUGCUCCAGUGCUCACUUCUGGAGAACAGAGGGUCAACCUGGCCUGGACCAAACUCAACCAGAGCUACAGCCAGCUGGAGCAGGACUACCGAAAACGGAAAGCAGGGAGCCGGUUGGACGAGUCUCCUCACGAGAUGGACCUUCUUGGAGUCCGUAUCAAGGAGGAACCGGUGAGCGAUGAGGAACCAAUGGAGACCUCUGUCCCCGACAGCCUCAAUAAUGGACUGGUCAACGGGAUCCAUUUGGAAGAUAGCCUGGACUCCUUCAAUGGCCAGGUGCCGGUCCCAGAGAGGGUCACCGAGGAACUGCGAUCUUUUGUGGGGGCGACAUUUAAGAAACAGUAUGUCCUGACUCUGAACGAGCUUAAACGAUUAUUUAACCUUCAUCUGGCUAGUUUACCUCCUGGGAAUCUUUUGUUUAGUGGGAUUUCGGACAAGAUGUUGCAAGACAUGGUGUUAGACAUAGGCUGCAAGCAAAUCAUGGUGCCUUUUCCCCCACAGACGACAGCGUUGCCGGAUGAGCAGAAAGUGUUUGCGCUUUGGGAAGCUGGCGAUGUUUAUGACCAGCACCGGCAGAUUUUGCUUGAAAUCUUUUCCAAGAACUACCGUGUGCGUCGAAACGUCAUCCAGAAUCGGUUGGCCCGGGAAUAUGGCGAGGAUCUAGACAAGCAGGAAGUGGAUAAAGUUUUGAAGGAUUGCUGUGUAAGUCAAGGAGGGAUGUGGUACCUGAAAGGGACAGUUCAACAGCCAACAUCUUGACCAUGGGAGUGGCCUUAAUUUGCAUCAGGUUUAACACCAGGAUGGACAAAGAGAAACCAGAUGGGGUAGGAAGAGCACCCCUCCUUUUCUCUCCUUUGCAACAGAGCUCAAACCCCUCCCAGCCCUGCGGAUGGAAGACGUGCCCAAGGUGGCCUGGCUAUUUGCAACGGCGUCCAAACCACCGUUCUUGAAAGGAUGGGGGAGGGAAUGGAUCUUUAUGUAUGCCUAGAUUAAUUUGGAUUCUUACAAGAACAAUCCUUAUAGCGGCUGAACUAUUGCAGAUCAUGAUCUAAUGGUUUAUUUUAUAAUUAAUGCCAAUAAAUUGCAAGUUUCCAUGAGGA